AAAGCUCGUGUGCCCCGAAAAAGGGUUUUACUUGCAAACUGGUAUUAAAACAGCUUAACGGAGCUAGGGUUUACUUUACUCUCAAACACUUAAUCUUCAGAAACAAAGAGUCAAGGAGCCAGCAGCCAUGGCAAGAAUCAAGGUUCAUGAGCUGAGGAACAAAUCGAAGACUGAGUUAUUGAGCCAGUUGAAAGAUCUGAAAGCAGAGCUCGCUCUUCUCCGAGUGGCCAAGGUCACUGGUGGUGCACCCAACAAGCUAUCCAAGAUUAAGGUUGUGAGGCUGUCAAUAGCGCAGGUGUUAACAGUUAUUUCACAGAAGCAGAAGGCGGCUCUAAGAGAAGCUUACAAGAACAAGAAGUUGUUGCCUCUUGAUCUCCGUCCUAAGAAGACCAGAGCUAUUCGUAGGCGUCUCACCAAGCAUCAGGCAUCUUUGAAGACGGAACGUGAAAAGAAGAGGGAGAUGUACUUCCCAAUGAGGAAGUAUGCCAUUAAGGUGUAG